AUGCACUUGCAGAGGGCUCUGGUGGUCCUGGCCCUGCUGAACUUUGCCACGGUCAGCCUUUCCAUGUCCACUUGCACCACCUUGGACUUCAACCACAUCAAGAGGAAGCGGGUGGAAGCCAUUAGGGGACAGAUCUUGAGCAAACUCAGGCUCACCAGUCCCCCCGAUCCAUCCGGGUUGGCCAGUAUCCCCAUCCAGGUCCUGGAUCUUUACAAUAGCACCCGAGAGCUGCUGGAGGAGGUGCACGGGGAGAGGGGAGACGUCUGCACGCAAGCAAACACCGAGUCGGAGUAUUAUGCCAAAGAAAUCUAUAAAUUCGACAUGAUCCAGGGGCUGGAGGAGCACAAUGAUCUGACCGUCUGCCCCAAAGGCAUCACCUCCAAGAUUUUCCGCUUCAACGUGUCCUCAGUGGAGAAAAAUGAAACCAACCUGUUCCGAGCAGAAUUCCGGGUCUUUCGGAUGCCCAACCCUGCCUCCAAGCGCAGCGAGCAGAGGAUUGAGCUCUUCCAGAUCCUCCAGCCGGGUGAGCACAUAGCCAAGCAGCGGUAUAUCGAUGGCAAGAACCUGCCCACGCGGGGCACUGGCGAGUGGCUUUCUUUCGACGUCACAGACACUGUGCGUGAAUGGCUCUUGCGGAGAGAAUCUAACUUAGGUCUGGAAAUCAGUAUCCACUGUCCAUGUCACACCUUUCAGCCCAAUGGGGAUAUCCUGGAAAACAUUCAAGAGCUGAUGGAAAUCAAAUUCAAAGGUGUGGACAGUGAUGAUGAUCCGGGCCGUGGAGAUCUGGGGCGACUUAAGAAGAAGAAGGAACAUAUCCCUCAUCUAAUUCUCAUGAUGAUUCCCCCAAACCGACUAGACAGCCCAGGCCACAGUCAGAGGAAGAAGCGGGCCCUGGACACCAAUUACUGCUUCCGCAAUUUGGAGGAGAACUGCUGUGUGCGCCCUCUCUAUAUUGACUUCCGACAGGAUCUGGGCUGGAAAUGGGUCCAUGAACCUAAGGGCUACUAUGCCAACUUUUGCUCAGGCCCAUGCCCAUACCUCCGCAGCUCAGACACAACCCACAGCACGGUGCUGGGCUUGUACAACACCCUGAACCCUGAAGCCUCAGCCUCCCCUUGCUGCGUACCCCAGGACUUGGAGCCCCUGACCAUCCUGUACUAUGUCGGGAGGACCCCCAAAGUGGAGCAGCUGUCUAACAUGGUGGUGAAGUCCUGCAAGUGCAGCUGA